GUUCCGAAGCUAUUCACUCAUACAAUGGUUGUGAGUUUUACUACUUCAGUGCGUUGAGAUGGAAAAUGUGAAAUAGGGGACAUUUUGGUGCUUCAGAUGAAGGUUUUAUUUUGAUUUUGAGUCUGUGAAUCAGCGAAGAAUUGAUGGACGAUGAUGGGGGAGUUUGUGUGUUGAGGUGCCGGCCUCAGGCGCAGCAGAUGAAGCACCAAAGCGUUAAUUUUCUUUUUGUUCGGUUGUAGGUUUGACAUAGUGAUUGUAGAGUAAACAAGCAUCCAUAUGUCUCUAUAAAGCAUGGACGGGUGGAGCCCAAUCCUCGCCACAGCCUCGGAUAAUGACCGAUCAAGCUCCGAGGGGGAGUACAUGGUGGAGCCCGGACCCGGGGAUGAGACCCAGGAGGCGGCGACGGCGGACAGAGAACAACGGGCUGACGGGGAGGGUAUGAUGGAGGACGGGGGUACGUCUGCUGUGGGGUUCGGGAUUAGUGGGACCGGAGAGGGGAAAGUGGUUUUGGGUCGGUUCGGACAGAGAGACGACAAAGAGCUCAGGUACCUGCACUUGUUGUGGGAGCCCGGACGAGCAGAGCUGGGGGCCGGGGGAGUGACGAGCAAGCUGGGGAAGGUGACGGGGAGCCGGGCGAAGAGGCACCACAGAGCGAUGAGGAACCUCGGUCCCAUCGGGCAGGAUAUUUAUGGUAAAUUUCAGAUCUUUACUUAAGUAACACAAUUAACUAGAAUAAAAACAUACAGGUAAAGGUUGUACAGUUCUAUUACAGUGUAACGUAGUUAAUAACACAAGAAGACAUUGACUUUAUUCAGUUUGAAGUUUUUAGCUGGUUGCAAAACAGACUUAAAUAAAUACUGAUGUCUUUCUAUAAUAACAAAAGCAAACAAGACUGUCUACGUGAGUUAUUUGUAUUGUCUGAGACCUCUUGUGAGAAGGUAGGUGUCAGUUAGUGUUGUCAUUCACGAACGAUUCGUUCAAAAGAACCGAAUCUUCUAAGUGAACGUUCUGAACCGAAUCACUUCCUCAAGUGAUUUAUUCAUUUCUCACUUCAGUUGAGCUAAAGUGAGAAACAGCAUUGCCAGGCCAGCAGCCGGCGAACGAGGGACCACAAGUACCGAUGCCUGAAUCACUUCAGUGCGUAAACGAAUCACGCAUUGAACUACACUCUCUGAAAUCAUUUUUGUCGGACAAAACUACCUUUUUUUGUCACUGCUACUUUGCUACCACAACAACUUGUAUACAAUAGGACAUAGCAUGUGACAAGUAGUGCAUUAAACCCACAGCAUCCUAUCACUGCAGCAGUUUGCGAGGGAACCGUGCAUGUUCAGUAUGAAUUCAGAGUGAACGAAUCACUCACUGACCCCAAUUUGCCAAGCAGACCUGGUAGCUAGCACACUAUAGGACAGUACACUUAAAACAUCAGGACUUAUAAACAAGUUCAUUUUUACAAACCUGUUUGCCAACACAGCCAAUUACUCUUGUCUAUUGGUCCCAGAAGAUAUGUAUUAAACUGAAUCCUGAACGUUCAGCUGGGUAUCAGUUCAGGAGGUCGGAGCCACAGGCGUCUCCCGCUAAAUGAUUCGGUUAUUUGGUGAAUGAAUCUUUUGAACAAAUUUCUUUAGUGAACUGAGUCUAGUGGUUCAGUACAUCUAAAAGAACUGCUGUGCCCAUCACUAGUGUCAGUAGAUGGGAUUUACUGUGUGCUGUCAAAUUUUUGUUCUACUUGGUUGUUGUUUUUUUUACAGUAACCAUUCUGCUAGUUUCCAAUCUUUUUUUCAUUCCCAGUUUUCUUGCUAAUUACUGGAUUGUGUUGAUUCUGAUAGCUCAAAAUACCUUGACAAUGGUUGUUAAUUAUGAAUAGCAAAAAUGAUGUGAGAGACAACAAACAAUCGGGGAAUCUGACAUAUUUCUACAGUUAUGAUUUUACCUCUGUGACAAGAACAUCUGUUUCUGAUAGGUAAACACAGCACAGAGGGGGUUUUCAUUGUAUUCUUCAUUUACAACACUUUAGAUUUUAUAGUUAAUGGCUGAUCAAUCACAGAGAAACACAGCAAAGAAAAACAGAGGUGGGAAACAGCGCAAAAACAGCUAAAAGACAUGAUCCAUAUUGAAGGAAACAGACACAAAGCAACCUCAAACAAUAUGUGUUAUGGGAGUAUUACAGGACUGGUUAACUAAGAAACUGCUUUUACGCUAAUUUCUGCAUUUGCUCAGCAUGCUAAAAAAAUAAAGCAGCUUUAAUGUAACAAAAAUAUAAAUUCUCAUGUCAAUUUGGCCACCAAGAUUUUCCUUUUCCUUUCUUUCAACCAUCAAAACUGGGGAACCGGGUAAUUUGUGACGGAUAAUGUGUACUCUUUCCAUUGGAGUUGCCCUGUUAUUCUAGCCGCUGGUAAACAGACUGAAACAAGUACUCUUUUGAUAGGGUGUUCCUGUUUAUGAUGUCUUUGCUGCAGUUUAACCCAUUCAUCAAGCAUCAUUUUAACACAUGUCACUUUAAAUGUUUUAUCUCCACAGCUGCAAAAAGACUGAGGGAGGCAGCAAACAGCAAUGAUAUUGACACAGGUGAGGAGAGCAGUGACACAUGUUGCAAAUGUUCCAAUGAGAGGAAUAUUCAAAGUUGUGUUUGGCUAAUAAAGUUGUGUUUUCCAGUCCGAAAGCUCCUGCAGGAUGAUAUAGACCCCUGUGCUGCAGACGACAAAGGAAGGACAGCUCUGCAUUUCUCUUCCUGCAACGGCAACGAGGGCAUUGGUAGGUCACUGAUAAGAAAUUCAAAACAGUUUAAAUAUCCAAGCCUAAGCCACAUUUGGUUUGUUAUCAACAGCUACCUUUGUUUGCAUGAUGCAUGUGAUGAUGAAUGUUUUUAUAAUGGAAAUAGAACAUUUCCAGAACAUUUUUAUAUGGUUUAAUUUGUUUAUUUUGUUUAUAUUUCAUAUCUUUAGUGCAACUGUUGCUUAGUCACGGCGCUGACCCCAACCAGCGAGACAGUCUGGGGAACACCCCCCUCCAUCUGGGUAAGAAUAAAUGUCACCAAAGCCUCUGAUGCCUGUAUCAAUGUGGUCACUGCUGUCUACCUCUGAAGUUUCAUUAUGACACAUAGAUGUGCAGGUGCUUUGGUUUCACAACUGUUGUGAUGAAAAAAUUCACAGCAGAACAUAAAACAGAACUUAAGUUAUGUUUUAAAUGCAAUAACUAUUUUACAGUCGUGUUAAAACUGUUAUUGAGUGAAAUGUUUUGGUAACUUGUGUUUUUGCAGCGGCCUGUACCAACCACGUGCCUGUAAUCACCACUUUGCUGAGAGGAGGUGAGACACCCAAUGAGUUGUUUCAUUCUUAGUGGAGAUGUUUACAUUUCUAAAAGACAGUCAUGUGAUGUUACCUAUUUCGCAGGUAGACUUGACAUCUAGGAAAAAUCUUAAAUUGUAUUAUUUGUUAUAGAUCAUUGGCAAGAAAUCUUUGUGUUGCUUGCAUUCUUGAUUUACUGUAAAUCAUCCAGCAAAUAUAAUAGACUGUUCAAAGACAGUUAUUUCAGCCCUGCAUUCAAGCUAUGGUUGUCAAUAUACAGGGAUUGACAACAACCACCUUAAGGAAAAUUAAAAAAUUGUUGGAAAAUUGCUGCUGCUCUUUUUUGCUGGUUGCCACAGGUCAUGGACAUAAGCUGCUUGCAAGCUGGCUAGCUAUAGCUGCCAUCUCAAAACUGAUGAGACACUUUUAAGUACUCACAUUCCCAGAUAUCUUGUGAAUCAAAAAUCAAAGAGCUUGUGUCUCUUUAGGUCACGUUUCAAUUGAACUUUGACUUCUUCUAACUGUCCUAUUACCUCUUCAAAUUAGCUCCAUAACUGAUGAUCCACCAGAGGUAAUACACUUGAUAAUAAAAGCAUAGUUUUACAAUGUAGGAAAUAAAGCAACUUAAACUCAAGACAGAAAAAUAUCAAAACAAAAGCAUGACAAAUAAUUGUUUAUGAGGCCUGAGAAGUUCCAGUCAUAGAGUUGGUCAUGUGGAUAAAUCAUAAAUUUGGACUCGAGAAACGAUGAUGAUGAUGACAUGAGUUAAUAACAUUUAUUAGAAAAGUUUGGUAAGUCAUGAGCGGUUUCACCCUUGUCUUACCUUUCCUCUAUUUGGCUGAAUAUAGAGCUUUAGUUUUCACAUUUUCACUUGCGCGAUCAUUGAUAAUCAUAAGGGGAACAUAUUGUGACUUCAGCAAGGUUUGCAAAAAAAAGUAUGUCUUAGUAAUGAUCCAUAUCAAAAUGGGUUGAGAGAAUUUUUAUUUGCCAGUUUGUAAGCCCGUUUAACAGAGAUAUUUGUACUCUUAUUGUCUCUGUUAAGGAGCACGUGUGGACGCCUUGGACCGAGCUGGCAGGACCCCAAUGCAUCUUGCGCGCUCUAAACUCAAUAUUCUUCAGGAGGGUGAUUCACGAAGUUUGGAGACACUGAGAGGCGAAGUCACACAGGUAGAGCUUCUGCUGACUGUUAAUCUGUGUCUCCCCUCAUCUUUUUAACAACAGUGUCUGCAUUCUUUAUUUUUAGUUGGUAGCAAUAAGGGUUUUUGUGUCUGUAUUUCUCGCACAGAUUAUUCAAAUGCUGAGGGAAUAUUUGAACUCAAUGGGCCAGAGUGAAGCUAAAGAAAGGCUGGAGCACAUUUCAACUCAGCUGCAGCACACACGCACCAAAGAACAGGUGAGAAUGACAUACUUGCUGCACGCUACUCACAUUUAUACGCAUUAAAACCAAGAUUAAUGAAUAGAUAUGCACCCAGUUGUAUUCUUAUUUAAUAAAACUUAAUCAUUCAGUAACUGCAACUCUUUUUCACCUACUCAUAUACUUUUUUCUUCUUUUUUUCAGGUGGAUGAGGUUACUGAUUUAUUGGCCAGUUUUACGUCGCUCAGUCUACAGAAACAGAAUCUGGGCGAUAGGUAGAAGAUAGUGUUUAGAGAGCCGAUGUGCUGCAUCUGCACUGCUUGCCCUGGACAGAAAAUUAAACUCAACACAAGGAAUCAAAGUGAGAUUUUGUCUUCAGUAUUACUGAAUUUUAAAACCUGGUGCCAUAUAUCAAGAUAUGACUGUGCUUUAACUUUUAGCAUUUGCAGUUCUUAUGAUAUUCUGCCAGUCAUCAUAAGGCUCGAAAAAAUGUUAAAAAUGCUAAUAAAAACCCUGUAAUCUUGAUUUAAAAAAAAUAAGAAGCAGAAAAUUUAAUCAACAGCACUGAAGUUUCUUGAUAAACCACAAAUAAGCCCUAAAGGAAAAGAAGCUAACCCACUUUACAGCAGUGUGGCCUCAGCUCUCUAAAUUGUGUGAGUGAUACAGACUUUGUAUGUGUGUGUUAAUGUGAAUCACAGCUUGCUGUAAUUUUUCUUCAUGCCUGCCAACAAUUUAUGGUAAUUAUGACACAUGUUUCUCAACAAAGUGUUAAAAUUUUCGCUGUUGCAUUUUUUUGGUUUUCUCACCAACAGCAUCUCUGUAUCUCGUUGCCUUUGUUCUUGUAAUGCAUGUAGUGAUUGUUUAUGAUCUGUAAAAACUGAUUUGGCUGUUGAUUGUAAUGAAUACACGUGAAUCAAUAAAAUCAAUAUGUUUGGCUACAUUUGUGAAAAGUUGUCUUAUGCAGUUAUUAAAAAUGCAUGUGAAAACAA